AUGAACCAAGCACCCGAGAAUGAGUGCAGCCAAGGAGUAUGCAAGGUGGCUAGAAGACCUACUUCUCUACCGAGUCCAUUCAUACAUACAAGGAUGGAGAUCAAUCCAGCAGAUUUGACGGCUGAUCUUCAAGGAGUACAAGCUGCAGGGAAUACGUUUGGCAACGAAUCACGUCUAAAGUAUGGCAGGCUCCUGAUCCCAGGAGAGUGCGACAAAGAGGAUCACAAUGGAGCAGCAGAGAAAAGUUACCAGCGUAAAAGCUUGCUGAAGAGAAGAAGACAUAGUGAGCCUCUUCACUCUGCCCAUGCAGAAGCACAGCUCAAUUCCACAGGAAGUUCUGCUGAUUCUUCUGGAUCAAGCCUAUUGUUGGAAAACCACAACACGAGAAACUUCCGCAAAAAAGAUAUUACAGCAGCUAAGGCAUUUUUCCCCGACUUUUUCCCUCAACAACCCUUACGAGACAGGUACGAUUGCUUACAUUCGCAUCCAACCUUGGAACAGAUUUUUUCAGGUCAGAUUAAGUCUUAACGAUCUUGAGUACUAAGACACUAAUGAAAAACUGUUCUGAUUGGUGGUUUUUACAAUCUAGAUACUUUCAGACGUUUCCUAGAAACGAUAAAGCUCUGAAUGUGUAGAAAAACAAAGCAAAUUAAAAUUUGUAUAGCCUUACUUGAAUUUAAUAUUUCAAGGAUCUAAUCACCAAGUGAACUUAGAACAGCAUCCGUGCUAUAAAUAUAACAGUUUAUGCGAGAUGUAAACGUGACUCAGUGAAAUCAUCAGUUUAUUAUAAAGUUUAUGGUGUUGAUUAAAACUAGACUAAAAAAUAUUGAAAGGGAGAGUGGAGAGAUAUAUGGUAGAAAGCUGAAGCUUCCUUUCCCUGAAACUACCUGUUUCUUUGACAUUGUACUGGUAUAUAAAAUUCUAGUAUAAGUAAAUUUUAAACGAGAGUCGCAACUAAGCCGAGAGUAAAUUAUUUCAGUACCCAGUGAUUAGUUCAAAAACUCGGGUCGUCCUCUCAGCCAAUCAUAUGCAACUUAAACUAAUCGUGUUUUCCCGUGCUUCGAACAGCUACUAGUUUUCAGCAUUAUCUCUUUGAGAGAUUUCCCAUUGUUUGGAUGGGCUGUUUGUACCCUUCACUUUAAGUCUGGUUUAUUCGGCGCUUUACAUAUUGGCUUGCUAUUUUCGUUCGACUCAUCGUUCUUUUUAUACCUGAAUUGAAUUUUGCUUGGGACAUCGAGACGAUUUUUUCUUUAAUUUUCCGGGAAGUUCACCAUUAGUUUUCGACCUUGUGAAUUUGAUCCAGUUUUUUUGCCUUCUGUUUAAAUUCUUACCUGACACACUGAUCGACAUAAAGGCUUAAACAAAUCACUUCUUCUUUUUCCCUUCCCGUGCCACCGAGCAAAGCAAAAACACCUCAUGGGGAAACUUUGUUCCUUCUGCCCCUAUAUACCAGCAUCCUAUGAGCCCACGCACAUUAGGAAAUAGUGAAGCGCAUAGUGUUAUUCCGAAAAAUUUGAUGAAGAUGAAAAAACCAGGCGCUACUUCACGAAAAAAAUUAAUUUAUCUGGCAUUGUAGACGGCAAGUAACAAAUAUCGGUUAUCGAUGAGAAUCUAAAAUUAUGCUUAAUACUUUACUGACAGUAACUUGGAGGCUUAGCGACCCCCCUCCCCCCCCCCCCUUCUGUUUGCCUCACCUGAUUUUCAUUUGUCUUCCUCUAUUAAACAUUUGAUAAAGGGUUGCUUUGCGCAGUGCAGAUUAUAAGCUUAAAACCUUCCUUCGUUCAUUCAACACAAUAAAUCAGAUCUGCAGCAAUUAAAAUGAUAAAUGAGUCAAAGAGUUUAGCUCGACUGAUUGUUUUCGAAAGGCAGACGGAAACGUAUGAAUGAAAUAUCAGGUAUUUACGAGUGCCAUCUCGUAUUUCUCAUAAACUCUUUUUUCAUCACCUCAACUACACUUUUCACCACCUCAACUUUCCGGCACGGCUUUAAUUUUCGGGCACGACAUUAAAUUUCUAACACGACAUAAAUUUUCCGGCACGACUUUUUCUGGCUAGACAUUUAACUUUUUCCACCUGAAGACCGGCAACACAAGAAUGAACGCGGCAGGUCACCGCCGGUCGAUCGCAAUACACUUACUGUAACACUGUUUGGUAAAAACUAAGAAUAAAUUUGCAACUGGGCAAAGCUAAAUUGGAUAAGUUUACUUGAUCGAAUUUUGCUUAGUGUGCUUGUCUUGCACUCAAUUGCUAGCAAAUAAAUCAGUUUUCCAUUAAGGAUAAAACACUUGCGUUGACUUGAGUUAGCCUGGUUCUCUGUAUCGCUAAUGUACUGAGUAGAAGUAAAUUCAGACAUGGCCAACUCGCUUGUCAACAUCUGCAUGAUUGGCUUGUUUUUUUGUUUAAACCUGUUCCUACUGAUUAGAAUAACCGCUUUGUCUUUGUUUCUUUUUGAACCGUCACAAAACUGCUCUACUUAUGGCCUUAUAUGUUAACACAAAACAAUUUGAUUGUUAACGUCUCCACCAAAGCCUAUUGCCCAUAAAAAAAGGUGACAUUCAAUCUUAAAGUAAACAUUUGUAGGUACUGUUAAAUAACAGACCAGAGAAAGUCGGAAAAAAAGUCCUGCCGGAAAAUUGAAGUCGUGCGGGAAAGUUAAAGUCGUGCCGGUAACUUAAAGUCGUACCGAAAAGUUAAAGUAGCGCCGGAAAGUUAUAGUAGUGCCGGAAAAUUGAAGUCGUGUAGGAAAGUUGAAGUCGUGUAGGAAAGUUGAAGUCGUGUAGGAAAGUUGAAGUCGUGUAGGAAAGUUGAAGUCGUACCGAGAAAAAACUGAGCUUGUGAAAAAUAAAGUUGAGGUGGAGAAAAAAAUUAAUGAGAAAUGCAAGAUGGCACUAACUCGGCUCCGUAGGUAUUCCUAAGAGCAUGCGCAGUCUUAAAAGCAAAGUUGCUUUUUGUAAAAUUUGAGAGUAUCUACGACGAUUCAACUAUGUGUCGGUUCCCUGCAGCAUUAACAAUUUAAAAAAAAUCUGUUUUAACUGGAAAAAAUAUCAGAGAGAGUAAGAAAAGAGCUAUCUAUAAUUCAUUUGCGAGCAGAGUACUUGUUUUGCUUCCGUUGAGGAUUAUGCUGAGAUGACGGAAUUCAAAUGUUCCAUUUUAUGUGGUCUUACCUUACACGCAUAGAAAAAUUUUUCCCAGCAGAUUAAAUAUUUUAGAUAUGUGGUUAAAGUAUAAAAACGCUUGACGAAUUUACACGUGAGACCAAGAGGAGAUGGUGAGACUCGAUGGUGAAAACUGAAGCCAGAGCCUUUCCGUACGAGUCCAGGGUAAUCGUUCUGUCUUGGUUGCCAUGGAAGUUUUCCAUCUCGGAAAUUUCAGCCCGAUUAGAAAGCUGAGAACUUAGCCCAGAUGCUAUACAGAAGUUGGCAAGACACAAUUGUAAUGUUCACCCCUCUAAGCGGGCUCGAGUGUUAAUAUGAGAUCAUUCGUUGCCCGUUUGCUAAGAUCUUGGUUGUAUAACCAUUGACCAAGGAAAGUUUUAUACGUAAAAUUGCGUAGAGUGCAUUCACACCUACUUAAACAUCGACAACCCCCAUACACAUCUUAGCACCAGAUUCAGCUUCAAGGUACGUUUCGAUACAGCUUUUAUCUUUUAGUUAAUCAAUAUGCCUUUUCUUAUCACCUAACAUUGCUAUACUAGGGUUUUACGUUAAGGAAAAAUUUGUGCAACAAUCGAUAAGAGGUAUGGCAUCGAUCUUUGGAGGGACUUGAAGGAAGGGCGUGAUUAUGAGCAACAGUGCUGUCAAUAAUCUGUUGACAUCUGUAUGAAGCGCGCGUUAUAUUAGCAAAACAUAUAUGAAAACAUGAGUGAAUGACUUAUAAAUGGUUGCCUGACUAGUGACAUAAAUAAAUUUAUCAAUUAAUUGUUUGAUUAAUCAACAGGUGAAUUAACUGGCUUAUCAACAAUUUUUCUUUACCAAGGUACAGAGAAUUUAGUUACAUAUAACGUAUAGACCCACACGACACACUUAUGAAUAUGAGAUAAAAAACAAAAAAACCAUAUCUUCAUUCAUUCCGUACACUGUGUAUUACAUUGCCUGUGGUCCGUAGUUCAAUAAAAAUCUCAUUAAUAGUAAUAAUACGUUUUGUAGCGAACUUAUGCGUUUGGUUAACAACUUACAUGCAAAUGCUCGAUUUUCAUACAUGAUUACUACUAAAAACCGUGAUAUAUUCAUGUUUUUAACAACCGAUUCGCGCUCCCGAUUCCUAUCAAUGACGGUUUGCUCCAUUACAACUUCUUGAAACAUUAUUGCAUAUCCACCGACUGAGAAAAUUAUCACAAACAUAAGCACAGGUAAGACAGUUUCACAAAAAAAUUAUUACUCUUCCUUUUAUUCUCCAUUGAUAAUCUUUUGCAUUUUGACUUUAAGUUAACGAUUUCGUGAUCAUUUUAUUUUUGUUUUCUUUAAACUAAAGAGGCUUUUUUCUACAAGCGCAACUUAAAAGUUUUAUUGCCACGUACGGAAACAAGAAACCAGACGUUACGGCACCGAGUCAUCAGCUGCGCAAACAACUAACUCGCCAUCUUGCUGAGAAAAUCCUAUUGUUGCUGUCAAGUCCUUUUAAGGCAAAAGGAAUAAUUAUGAACCCUGCUUUUGCUCUUCGGGUAAAAACAACACAUGUAUUUGCAAAACAAACACGCUUUCUUUCCAAAUUGUAAUUUAAUUGUAAGGCAAAUUAGUUAACUUCCUUUGGCUGGAAAAUUCGUUUCUCUUUUCCAGAACUCUCGGGACAAUGGGGUAAACAUUCAGGUGACAAAUGCAAGUAGUGCAACGUGACCACGCUGACGUAAGAACGUGAAGCCAUGAUUGUACAUAUAACUGUACGCCGAAAACUCAAGUUCAGCUUCGAGGCGAAUUAGUUAUUCCAACUUGCUGAGCACGUCCCUGAUUUAUAGCUUGAGCAGUUGCAGCAAGCUGCUGUUGCACUAGCGAGUAUAUAAACAGGAAUUGCUCAAAAGCAAAGGUACAUCGUCUUCGAAGACCUAAAAGGAGCGAUGUAUCAGCUACCUAGAGAUAAAUACAGUCUUGGAGUAUGCAAGGAGCUUGAAAGAUCCAAUUUUCUCUCAAGCACAUUCAAACGUACGAUGACGGAGACCAGCGCAGCAGAAAUGGCCCCUGAUAUAGAAAAACAGGCAAGGAACAUGUUUGGUAACCGUGAAUCACGUUUGAAGCGAAGUAGGCUUAUGAUCGCAGAAGAGUGCGUCAAUAACGAUGACGAUGGUGCAGCUUACACGCCUGAAGAUUUGGUGACGAAUAAAAGAUUAAGUGAGCCUCUACACUUUGCCCAUGCAAAAGGACAGCUCACUUCCGCGAGAAGUUCUUAUGUUUGCUUCGGAACUACUUGCCGACCGAUGAAAAACAUUAUGCCGAUAAAUUUGCAUGUGAAAGACAUCACAGCUGCUAAGGCAUGUUUUCCCGACUUUUUCCCUCAACAACCUUCAGGAACCAGUUACGAUUCCCUACAAUCGUAUCCAACCCUGGAAGAGAUUUUCUCAGGUCAGUUUCAAGUCUCAACAACCCUGAGUGAUAGGACACAAACAUUUCCAAGAAACAAAUACAUGUAA